AAAAAUUUCAACGAUACAUCAUAUAUGUACACAUACUUCUCGUUUUAUUUUCAUUAAAAGUAAAAAAAUAACAAAAUUAUAACAAUUAUGGGUUCCAAAAUGGUUAGUGUGAUUUUACUAAGUUUAUUCGUUUCUGGACUGUGUUCUCCUAUUCAUGAUAUACCUGUAGAAGAUGGUACAUCUCUUCGAGUAAAACGAGCAACCUGCGAUAUUCUGUCAUUUGAAGUUAUAGGUUUUAAAUUUAACCAUUCCGCUUGUGCUGUUCGUUGCAAAGUCGCAGGAAAAUCGGGAGGCUGGUGUGAUGAUCAGGGAAAAUGCAACUGUAGAUAAUAAAUGUCACAAAUAUUUAAUUA